UAGUAUUAGCUCUGAUUCUAUUAAGUACUUGGACAAGUACGAACAUCACAUAAUGCCCAAAACACCUGUACUUUCGCUGCAAGUUAGUUAGCUGUAAUAAUUCCCAAGUACUUGCAGAAUAGUACUUUUGAACAUUCAAGCAAGAGCUUGUUUCUUACUUGAGUGCUUGCCAAAAAUGAAGCGUGUUGUGGAUAUUAUCUGUGAAAGCACUUGAUCAUAUAUUCGACCCAAACCCAUCAUCUAGUGUUCCAACAAUCAAUUAAAUCCAUUUGUAUUCAAAAUCAUGUUUUAGAUUCUACUUGUUUCAUUUAAAUAAAAGAAAAGAAAAUGAUCCAACUAGUACUCAUGAUCUUGCUUCUGCCAAUCGUAAGUAGCGGUAUCAUCAACAAACAUGACUGUAGUAUCUGUGCCGGUUCAACGUAUCAAAUAAAAAUAUCCAUUGGCGAUGGUCAAUACGCCUAUGAAGUUUUUGUUCUUCAAGAGGACCAUACAGUUGUAGCAAUUGAUAGUUCACAAAGUGGUACUACUUCAGGAAGCACACUCGCAACUCUCCCGUUUACUGCCUCGAUUGGAAAAUGGAGUUGUUGUGAAAGAAAUAAAGUUAAGCUUCAAGUUCUUGAUUAUAAUCUUCCGGUACUUGGUAAUACAACUCCAGGUUCAAUAGCUCUUGUUACUACCGUUUUGACUGUCACAAAUCAUGGUCAAAAUGUGAAAGGAACACUCGGAUUCUCAAACUAUCCGCUCGGUGUUAAUCCAACUGCUGCCAAUGCCAAACCAAUUGCGGGACAAACGUUCGGACCAUUCGAUGUCUCUGGUGAACGAAUCAAUUUCUCUACACACUAG